GGUGUCAGAAUAAUAUUUAAGUAUUUCAGUAAUUAUUUGUUUAUAUAUGUGAUCAGAAAAUCACUGUUUUAAAAAUCAUCCAGAUAGAUAACCGCGUGUUCUUUCCAGCACUGGAAACAGCUGUUUAAAAAAGCGCGUCUUAUCGCAACAAAAAGUUUAGUUAGUUAUUAUUUUGCAUGUUUUAUACAAUUAAUAUUUUAGUAGAAAAUGGGAGUUACGGGCUUGUGGAAGCUCAUUGAGCCGUGCGGCAAGCCAGUCCCCGUAGAGACUUUGGAGGGCAAAAUCCUAGCAGUGGAUAUAUCGAUUUGGUUGCAUCAGGUUGUGAAGGGCUUUCAGGACAACAAGGGAUCGGCCCUGAGUAAUGCCCAUUUACUGGGUCUAUUCCAUCGUCUCUGUAAAUUGCUAUACUAUCGUGUGCGACCGGUUUUCAUUUUCGAUGGAUGCGUGCCGCAGCUUAAAAGGGACACUAUUGCACGUCGCCAGCAGCAGAGGAAUAAGCUCAGCAACGAAGCUGAUCGCAUUCAGGCUUUGCUCCUUCAAUCCCUGGCCAAAGAAAAAGUAGUGCAGCAAGCGCUGGGCAAGAAUGCAGAGCUACUGUUGAAAUCCCCGGUUAAGCGACCGCCUCCAGCUAAGAAGAACGACGAGGAUGACUUGUUUAAGCUUCCCGAACUGCCGGCUGCAUCGGUGCAAGAUAAUCAAGAUGAAAGCGAGCAGGACACCAGUGCCAGUGCCUCAGACAGCUCCUUUGACGAGUCAACCGCUCGACAUUCUUACAACUCUAGCUUACAGGCCAUCGAUGUAAAGAGUCAGCAUUUUCGGAAUCUGCCAGCCGAUGUGCGACACGAGAUCCUUACAGACAUCAAGGAGACGCGCAAGCAAUCGUCGUGGGGCCGUCUGCACGAGUUGCCCGCCCGCAGCGAUGACUUCUGCUCCUUCCAGAUGAAGAGACUCCUCAAGCGCCGAGCCGUUCAGGAAAGCUUAGAGCAGGCGGAACAGGAGAUGGGCGGACAUACGCUUACCUAUGCAGAGUUGUGUGACUUUUUCAAUGAGGAGGGCAUUCUCACCCCAACGGCCAUUGAACAGUGCACCCGACAAAUUAGCUCGGAUGAACAUACACGAUUCCUGCUGGUCAGGGAUCUUAAAAAGAAAGCAAUGGAGAGCACCAAACAAGAGGUUAAAAUGGAGAUGAUUGAGGAGGUACCCGCUGAGGAGGAGGAUGAGAAGCCAAGCACUUCCACCAAGAAAGAGGCUGUGAAAAGUGUGGACCUAGGCACAGAGUUCGAUGAAGAUUUGGCCAAAGCACUGUCUAUGUCAAUGGAGGAGACCAAGGUGUACGAUGAAAAGGACUACGAGUACGACUCGGACCAAGAGUUGCGCCUCAAUCGAGCUCAAACCAAGCAAUUGCGCCAUGCGGCCAAGGGACCUGCACGGGCCUAUAUGAUUGAAUACGGCGGAAUGAACGACGAGGAAGUUGGCAACAUCAUGGAGGCCACUCAGUUCAAUGACACUCAAAGCCUUGAAAAGUUGCUAGAGAUCACGACAGUCCCGACCGACAUGGCUGACAACUCGAUUGAGGAGGCCAAACUUAUUUCACAAGCUAUUGAAGAGAGCAAACAACUAUCCCAAGCAAUUGAGGAAAGCAAGAAGAAUCUUAACGAGGACAAGGUGGAGAUUGUAGAUACUGAUACCGACUCAGACUUGGAGGAAGUAAUGGAAGUUCAGGAGCUGGAUAAAGGCAAGAAGAAUCUUGAGAUUUGUGUUGAUAUUACUGGCCAAGCGGAUUCGAAUGAUCUGUUUGCGGAUAUUUUUGAGGAUGGAGAGGCAAAUAAAAUAGAGAAAACUAUAAGCGUCGAGGAAGACGAUGACUUUAUAGAAGUGAAAGACAGUGAGGAAUUAAAAUUGGAUACUGAAGAUGAAAAUAAACCAAUAACGAAUAAGAGUAUUAAAGAAAGUAAUGAAGUCAAGCCGUUCAUUGAUGAAAUUAUCGAAGUGAAAGAUAGCCAAGAAGCGGUUCCUGCAGAACCUAAUCUCAAACCCGAUCUGGAAUCAAUUUUAAAUGAUCUGAAAAAACAAACGGCUGCGGUUAAAGAUAUUCAGCUAAACGUAAAUGAAGAAGAAAAACCAAAACCAAAGGUGGAAAUCAGUUCUAUAUUGGAUGAGCUAAAAGUAAAGAUGGCCGACGUUAAAAACAUCACUCUAGAUAACGUGAAAUUAAGCAAUAGUGUCCCUAUCAUACUAUCCUCCGAUGACGAAAGUACCUUGAAAUCCUCGAAAAUAGUUCCGAAGCAAGAGCUAAUUGAGUUGUGCGACAGCGACGAUAAUAAAAACAAUCGCCUAUCACCGAACAAAACGCCAAGCAAAAACAAGUCCAUUAAGGACUUUUUUGAGACCAGUUACGUGGUCAAGCGAACUCCCGACAAAUCUCAAGCGUCAAACGAAACUUCGCCGGGAACACCAAAGACCCCGAAGCCCUUCUUCAGAAAGAGAACCCCGAAGUCCGGACGGAAACGAGCUAGUGAUGCCAAUGAGGACAGUGAUGAGGAAGUUUCGCCCACUAAAAGGUCCAGUAAGGCCUCGAAGUCUCUCUUCGAGCCAAAGGAGCCGGAAGAAGAAAAGACUGUAGAUCCGGAGGAGAUUAUCAAAGAUGCUGCAGAGGCUCUUAAAUCUCAAAAGACCUCAGAAGAACUGCAGGAGUUGGCUACAAACUUAGCUCAGGAGCGAAAGGAACUUGAAAUCGAGCGGAAUCGGCAAGACCGAAUGGGCAUGUCCAUCAGCCAGCGCAUGAGCAUCGAUUGCCAGGAGCUGCUGCGUCUUUUCGGCAUUCCGUACAUUGUGGCUCCCAUGGAGGCAGAGGCGCAGUGCGCCUUUCUCAAUGCCACAGAUCUUACCCACGGCACCAUCACGGAUGAUAGUGAUAUCUGGCUUUUUGGUGGUCGAACUGUCUACAAGAACUUCUUUGCACAAAACAAGCACGUGAUGGAAUUCCGGGCGGAACAGAUCGAGCAAACGUUUAACUGCAACAGGGGUAAACUGAUCCAGUUGGCCUGUUUGGUGGGCAGUGACUACACUACAGGAAUUCAUGGCAUUGGUGCUGUAACGGCCCUGGAGAUUUUGGCCUCCUUUUCCGGACAGGAUGCGAAUGGGCCAGGUAUCUGCAAUCAAUCGGUGCUUCAAACGCUAAUCAAGUUCCGCGACUGGUGGCAAGCACACAAGUGCAGCAAUCUUCCACCUGGCAGCUCGGCUCGCCUUGCUCUGCGCAAAAAACUUAAGAACAUCGAACUGCACGAGGGUUUUCCCAGCGGUGCAGUGGUGGAGGCAUAUUUAGCGCCCACGAUCGACGACAAUCGGGAUGCAUUUAGUUGGGGCACACCGGAUGUGGAAUCAAUCAGAGAAUUCACGCGAAAAUCUUUCGGCUGGACUACUUCAAAAACGGACGACAUUCUGAUGCCCGUGAUGAAAAAAAUUAACGAGAAGAAGAUACAGGGUUCCAUACGCAACUACUUUACGGCAAAGAGUGCUCUGCGAGUUCAACAACCGCACGUCAGCAAACGUGUCCAAUUGGCAAUUGACAAGAUGUCCGGAAAGAUCGAUGAGACGCCGGAGAAACCGAAGAAGGUGACACGCACAAGACGUGCAAAGGCAGCUCCGCCAACAGAUGAUGAUUUGGCCAUCGCGGAUGUCGCGACAAAAGCUGCCCGUCCCAAACGCGGCAAACGAAAAGCUGCACCUGAAUCGGUAGUUUUGGAUGGGGAACUUCCUUCCACAUCGCAGUCGAUACCGAAGCCUGAAAAAUGUCCUCGAAUACCUAGCAGCGUUGAAGUUAUACCUCAAAGGGAAAAGGAUCUGGAGCAGAUGCGCCUCAAUAAAGCAAAGGCGGCAGAGAUUCUUAAAAAUUCAGCGAAAGCCAAUAGGAAAUAAGCUUAACAAAUCUAUUAAAUAUAACUUUAUAG